CACCUGUGAGGGACAUGUAGGAGCGCUUACCCUUGUUACCUCCAAACAAGAGAAACUGGGGAUGAACAAUGGAGCAGACAUGCCUCUUCACUGCUCCUGUGGCCAGGGGUGGCCAGUGUCUCCACCCAUUCAUUACGAAGGCACUGAGAAACACCCUGAGAGAUAACCUCGAUGUCCACCCAUAGCCUACCUGACCCGAGCCACCGAGCCACCCAGCCACCCCUGUCCCCUGCCCGCCUUGCGCUUUGCUCACCGCCUUUUUCUGCCCCUCCCCAAACAAAUAGCACCUCCUCAGAAGUUGCGAGGUCUGCCCGGCGCACACGAUCGCGCUGUCCGGAGCGCUCGUCUCGCGCACGAUCGGGUCGCUGGACAGCGCGCAGAAGACGGUGUGGAGGAGGCGAGCCUCAUGAGGGGAGCGAGCCGAGCGCAGCCCUGGACUGAGAUCCACACGCGCGCAAAUUGGAGGAGAACCUGAGUCCGAUCGCCCUCCGCGGCCAGGUCCCAGGAUGCGCGAGCUGAGCUGAUGCAGGGAAAUCGAGACACGUUUCGAAGCUGAAUUUCGACUCGGAGCUUCUGCGCUGUUGAUCGAGCCGCGCGCGAGACGCUGGGACGGUGCGCGACAGUCACAGCGAGUGCUGCGCGCGCCAUGCUUUCGGUGUUGUCAAGGAGCGCCCCGGCGCUCGUGCUCGCGUGGGGCUGCUGCGUGCUCGCGGAGAGCGUCUUCAGCAACCUCAGCGCGGACAACGAGGUCCACUCGAGCUUCAUCCAGCGGCGCCUCCGCAGCCAGGAGCGCAGGGAGAUGCAGCGGGAGAUCCUGUCCAUCCUGGGGCUGCCGCACCGGCCGCGGCCGCACCUCCACGGCAAGCACAACGCGGCGCCCAUGUUCAUGCUGGACCUCUACAAUGCCAUGUCCACGGAGGGCGACGAGGACGGCUACUCGUACCCGUACAAGCCCGUGUUCACCACGCAGGGGCCGCCGAUCGCCACGCUGCAGGACAACAACUUCCUGAACGACGCCGACAUGGUGAUGAGCUUCGUCAACCUGGUGGAGAACGACAGAGAGUUCCUGUCUGUGCGACGGCACCACCGGGAGUUUCGCUUUGACCUCUCGCGGAUCCCUGAGGGCGAGGCUGUCACCGCCGCCGAGUUCCGCAUCUACAAAGACUUCAUCCGGGAGCGUUUUGAAAAUGAGACAUUUCGAGUCAGUAUCUACCAAGUGCUUGAGGAGCAUUUGGACAGGGAACCGGACCUGUUCCUCCUGGACUCGCGGGUGAUGUGGGCAGCAGAAGAGGGAUGGCUGGUGUUUGACAUCACUGCCACCAGCAACCACUGGGUACUCAACCCGGGUCGCAACCUUGGGUUACAGCUUGCCCUGGAGAGUGUGGAUGGCCAAAGUGUGAACCCCAGGGCUGCAGGACUGAUCGGCCGUAGUGGGCCCCAGAGCAAGCAGCCCUUCAUGGUGGCCUUCUUCAAAGCAACCGAGGUCCACAUCCGCAGCAUUCGCUCUGCUGCCAAUAAGCAGCGAAAUCCCAACCGCUCCAAGGGUUCAAAGAGCCAGGAGGCACUCAGGGUUGCCAACAUUGCAGAGAACAGCAGUGCUGAUCAGAAACAGGCCUGUAAGAAACACGAGCUGUACGUCAGCUUCAGAGACCUGGGCUGGCAGGACUGGAUCAUUGCGCCCGAAGGUUAUGCUGCUUACUACUGUGAGGGGGAAUGUGCCUUUCCUCUCAACUCCUACAUGAACGCCACCAACCACGCCAUUGUGCAGACGCUGGUCCACUUUAUCAACCCAGACACCGUGCCCAAGCCUUGCUGUGCUCCCACACAGCUCCACGCCAUUUCAGUUCUCUACUUUGACGACAGCUCCAACGUCAUCCUGAAGAAGUACCGCAACAUGGUUGUGAGGGCCUGCGGCUGCCAUUAACGUCGACCUCCCAGGACACGCACACACACACACACGCAUCACACCUCUUGGGACUGGGAGGAAGGUAAAGGGAAUAGGUGCUUCGCAUGUUACAAAUCGCUCUCCCAUAGGCCAUAGACUUUCCACCCAAUGCUCCAUCCAAUCUACCCAAACUGCCGAUCACCACAGAUGGACACAUUUCUUGUAAAGAACCUCCUUCUGAGAUCGUGAUGCCUUGACAGAUAUUGUGAUGCCUUGACAGUGGUUUCCCGAGGGUUCCAUUUGCCACCAUAUGGGCUUCUGUGUUGCUAAAAAAACAUCACGCGAAGCACCUACUGUAGGAACUGUAGGAAAGAGGCCCAUUAAAAUCAGAAAAUGCCCACAUAGAAGACUCUGAGAGGUUGCAGAGAGCAUGUAAGGCUUUGUGAUGCCGAGACUCUCAGUAGAGCCGCUUGCCGCCAGAGGAGCGGGUGGUGGUCCAUCAGCAGCAAUGCCGCGAACCUGUACGCUUGGCUUCUUUUCUCUUUUCUUUGUUUGAACCUAUGCAAACUUCCAUCCUGGCGAUACACAUAACUCGAAACAUGUUGCAGCGCCCCCUGGCUCAGAAGAGACUGAAGUGCAGACACAUUCUCCCUGUGCUUUCUACUGUGUAUGAGACGUGUUCACCGAUGAUUGUAUGUUGACUCACAGCCAGCGAACGUUUAUCUUUGUAUUUUUCUAGCUUUGCAUAUCCACUCUGAUGGUUUUCUUUUGCUUAGAGUUAGUGAACAUAAGGCCAGGCUAAAAGAAUGGUAGAGUGAUAGAUUCAUUCUUUGUACAAUAUUUUGUAAAUAGUUUUAAAAUACUGAGAAAAUUGUAUUUAUUUCUAGGUCUGGACAUGAUUGGAAUUUAUCACCCCCUUUACUCUACUGGAUAUUAUUAUUGUUAUUAUUAUUUUUAUUAUUAUUGUUAUUACUACUAUCCAGUGCAGUAGUGCUGUCAUUACACCAAACCUGUGUCUGUAUUGGAAGGUCGUUCUGGGACAUGAUGUGCUUUGUAUGUAUCUUGCCACCUGGUGUCGUGAGACUCAACAACCUGUGAGCAAACAAAUUCAUUAUUGGUUUUGAUUUCAGCGAAGGCGCUGUACACUUUUUGGGGGCUUUUUCAAUAUCGGAGUUUGUUUCAAAGCUCAUAGUGGUCAAGCAUAAAGUCAGGGUUUAUGUCAUAAAUGACAAAGAAAGAAUUUCAAAAUGACUGCUCAGUCAUUUUGUACGUAUUUUUCAUAAUGCAUCGGUUUUCAUAAUUAAACUCACUGAUGCCCAGAUAAUGUUUUUAACCGAAAAUACACACAGCAGGUGAGGAGAAACAAAAUGGUGUCCAUGCUUCCUAUGUCAGGCCAUUGCAGGAUAUUUUUCUGUAUUUCCUCCUGUAAAGAAGCUACCUUUCCUAUUUAUGAAAAAUAUUUAUUGAAACCAUGUGAGAAGAGUCACAUU